AAAGAAGACUCAAAAUCGUCUGCCAGUGACGAGUCUUCUUAUUCAAAUUCUUAACGUUGAAUCUAAUCCACGAUCUCUUAUUCAUAGACUACUGAAAACUUCGUACUUAUCGUUCGAAGCAUACUUUGUUUCUUAAUCGCAUUUAACAAUUCUCUUAUGGAAAAUAUAAUAAAAAUGAGAUUCGCAGUUCCUUGUGCGGUGAUCUCUCUGCUCUUAUUCGCCUGUGCUAUAGCUGAAACAGCUGAUGGGGAAACGUUUCCUUUAAGUGAAUCGUUAGAAGAAUUGGAUGCUGCCGAAAGUAGGAUGUCUUUGUUUAAAGAUGAAUACAGGAAGGAGGACAGGAAGUGCAUCGAGAAGCACCACGAGUGCACGCACCCACGACAAGCAUAACUGCUGCAGAGGGAAGCACUACAAGUACGAGUGUCUCUGCCUCAACGUAAAGGACGAAAAGGGAGAAAGGAGAGAACGCUGCACUUGCCAC